AUGAUAAAAGAGUGUAUGGAGGACGCGCCUGAGAAGCAUGGGGUGAAAUUGUGGAUGCCAUUGCCAAGUAAGCAAGGGAGUAGUUGUUGCACCGCAGGAAGCAGCGGUGAGGACUAUUUGCUUGUGAUCGCUUACUACUACCUUCCUUGUGCCACGUGGCGUAAUUCUUGCCGUCUACUGCCGAGAAAGUAA